ACAUUAACAUCUGUUUAUUGUAAAUCUGCAAUGCCUCUAAACGGUGUCGUAUAGACGAUGAGUUCUCUAAACACAUCUUUGUGUUGAAAGUUGAAACUCCCCAAAUCUCACUGCUUCCGCAAAACCCCCAAAUGGGUUCUAUGUACAGAGCCUCUAAAACCCUAAAGUCAUCGAGACAAGCAUUCUCACUCUUGUUCAAUCCAGCCAAACCCAACCGAAGAGAUCCGUUACGUGUCGGAUCGCAACAAGCUUACGGCUUCAGCUCAGAUUCUAAGCAAAAAGAACCCGCCGUUGAUCUGACACAGUUUCCUUCCGACAAGAUCCGAAACUUCUCCAUCAUUGCUCAUAUCGAUCAUGGCAAAUCUACUUUGGCCGAUCGUCUCAUGGAACUUACUGGCACCAUCAAGAAAGGCCAUGGCCAGCCUCAAUAUCUCGAUAAAUUGCAGGUAGAGAGGGAGAGAGGAAUCACUGUGAAAGCUCAAACAGCGACAAUGUUCUAUGAAAACAAAGUUAAAGAUGAAGAAGCCAGCGGUUUUCUUCUGAACCUGAUUGAUACACCAGGCCAUGUUGACUUUAGCUAUGAGGUUUCUAGAUCUUUAUCCGCUUGUCAAGGAGCUCUCUUGGUCGUCGAUGCGGCUCAAGGUGUUCAAGCGCAAACAGUGGCUAACUUUUACUUAGCUUUUGAAGCUAACCUCACUAUUGUACCUGUUAUCAACAAGAUCGAUCAACCAACGGCUGAUCCUGACCGUGUCAAAGCUCAGUUGAAGUCCAUGUUUGAUCUCGACACGGAUGAGGUUCUUCUAGUCUCUGCCAAAACCGGCUUGGGGCUCGAGCAUGUGCUUCCCGCGGUUAUAGAACGGAUACCUCCUCCUCCUGGGAUCAGUGACUCUCCUCUACGGAUGCUUUUGUUCGAUUCCUUUUUUAAUGAGUACAAAGGUGUCGUCUGCUAUGUCUCUGUCGUUGAUGGAAUGCUGAGGAAAGGAGAUAAGGUCUCGUUCGCUGCCACUGGCCAGUCUUAUGAAGUGUUAGAUGUAGGGAUCAUGCACCCUGAGCUUACCUCUACGGGAAUGCUUCUCACGGGACAGGUUGGUUAUAUAGUAACCGGCAUGCGGACUACGAAAGAGGCACGUAUUGGUGACACAAUCUACAGAACAAAAACCACUGUGGAGCCUCUUCCAGGUUUCAAGCCGGUGAGGCAUAUGGUGUUCUCAGGCGUGUAUCCUGCUGAUGGAUCUGAUUUUGAAGCACUUACUCAUGCAAUAGAGAAACUGACGUGUAACGAUGCAAGUGUCUCGGUGGCUAAGGAAACAAGCGCAGCUCUUGGGAUGGGAUUCAGAUGUGGCUUCCUCGGUUUGCUUCACAUGGAUGUAUUUCAUCAGCGGCUUGAACAAGAGUACGGUACACAAGUGAUCUCCACGAUCCCUACCGUUCCUUACACCUUCGAAUACUCAGAUGGGAGCAAGUUGCAAGUGCAGAAUCCUGCUGCAUUACCUUCAAACCCCAAAUACAGAGUCACAGCUUCUUGGGAGCCAACGGUGAUCGCCACAAUCAUCCUUCCUAGUGAGUACGUAGGAGCUGUGAUCAACCUCUGCUCUGACCGAAGAGGCCAGCAGCUAGAGUACACAUUUAUAGACGCGCAACGUGUUUUCUUGAAGUACCAGCUACCUUUGAGGGAGAUAGUUGUUGAUUUCUACGAUGAGUUGAAAAGCAUAACAUCAGGUUACGCUUCUUUCGACUACGAGGAUGCAGAGUAUCAGAAAUCUGAUCUUGUGAAGCUUGACAUCCUCUUGAACGGUCAAGCAGUUGAUGCGUUAGCUACUAUUGUUCACAACCAGAAAGCUUACCGUGUGGGGAAAGAGCUUGUUGAGAAGCUUAAGAACUUCAUAGAGAGGCAGAUGUUUGAAGUGAUGAUACAAGCUGCUAUAGGUUCAAAGAUCAUUGCGAGAGACACUAUCUCUGCGAUGAGGAAGAAUGUGCUUGCGAAAUGUUAUGGAGGAGACAUAACUAGGAAGAAGAAGCUUCUUGAGAAGCAGAAAGAAGGGAAGAAAAGGAUGAAGAGAGUUGGUUCUGUUGAUAUACCACAUGAGGCUUUUCAACAAAUACUCAAAGUCUCUUAGAAGACAAAAAGACUGAAAUCAUAUGGUACUAGUUUAUUUAUGCAAUUCAAGAUUUUUCUUUUUGGAAAAUUAUAAAACCGUUCAGAAGUUUUUUUUUUAUUCUUACAAUUUCUAUAACCAAAUAAACCAAUAGUUGUUGUUAUGACAAACUCAACCGAUGCAGCAAUGGAAAAAUUACUAUUGUACA